AUGGAGCCAUUCUCUGUCGCUGGCACAUGUAUAGCCUUGGUUGGGACCAUAACCAAGGUGACUACCGUGCUUGCUGGCUUUAUUCACGACGUUCGUUCUGCUAGGAAUGAACUUGAUGCCGUUUCACGAGAACUGACCUCUAUCAAGACAUGUUUGGAACAACUCGCAAGAGAUUUUGACAGUCCGGAACAGAAGCGCUGCCCAGAACCAGUCCAGAAACAGAUCAAUUGAAUCACUAUAGAUUGUUCGAUUGUCGUCGUCGAUACUGAGAAAACUCUAACCAAAAACGAUGGCACAAGCUUGAUAAAGGCAGCUCGAUGGGCUACAGGAGGCAAAGAAGAAAUCGGAAAGUUAAGGUUGAACCUUGAGGCACAUAAGUGUAACUUAGAUAUUACUUUGAAUUUCUGGGAGUUGUAA